AUGCUGGAGCGUGCGCGCGCACCUCCCGCCUCCACGUGCGCCAUAGCGCCGGGGAAGAUUCCAGCCCCGUAUAUCUGUCAGCGUCUCAUCCGAGAAGAGGACCUGGAUGACCUGCGCAUGGAGGGCGUGACGGGGCUGGCCCCAUCCGGCAGUAAGUUCAGCCAGGGACGCAGCUCCUAUCCGUCUGAACCGCAGGCCAAAGUUACACUCAACAUCUGCUCUAGGUGUGCCAGGGGGACACUCUAUCAGACAACCGAUCUGAAGAGGAGCACAGGCCUCACAUACCGGAACAAGCUGUACCUGACAUAUCCUGUAAGUGUGCAACACACAGUCCAAUCUCAAGAUAUUUUGUUUUUGUCACAUGACUGUAAACGUUUGCUAUCCUGUGCUCUGUCCUUCGUUUCCCAUGUUUUGUGUGUGCUGUCUGGAGCAGCACUGUUGCCCGGGGUGGACAUGGUUGCGGGUCGACUGCAGGAAUGCGAGGGCUUAUCUCAAGUGUCAGCCUCUCGUCAGGCUGUCUGGGAUGCUGAUCUGAAGGCUGUGAGAGGUGGCAGCUCUGUCGGGCAGACGGGCCUGCUGCUGGGCGACUCCCUCUUUUCCAAAGAGCUGGAGAACAUGGGUAAACAGCUUGCCGAGGUUGAGAAGGACCUGGCCAAGCUGGCAGAAGUCGGAAAGAUGACCACUCGCAGCUCCAACAAUCCACACAGUAGUCUACUGCACACCCCUCUGCACCACAGAACUCUACCUGACACGCUUCCUCUCCCCAGCCUCGUCUCCAGGCCUCAGUCUCCCGCCGGCAGCCUCUCAGGCAAGCCCUGUAGCAUCGGACUCCCUUUGCUGAGUCCUAAGUCAACCACACUGGUUAUGGGUCGGACUCAUUCUCCCAGCAACCCCAGUAGCCGGACUCAAACUCCCAGAACACCAAGCAGGCCCUUGACCCCAAAUAGUUUACUGACACGCUCGACCUUUAACCCCGGGUCUCAUAAAGAGGUGACAUUCAGGAGGUCGCGGAGUCGCCCUGUGACGCCCACCAGUCAGCCCCCGCAUCCCAGACCCCUGCUCACCCCUCCUGGACUAAGCACGACCGACAGCCUUGGUGCCAGCCUUCGAGCCUAUCUGUCUGAGGAUGAGUUUUACCAGCAAUUAAUGGCCAUCAGACAACCUUGGCAUAUCCCCAGUGACACAGACAGUGACAUCCUGGACCCCCCCGAACAGGAUAAGAUGAGACAUGAGGUUUAUUUCAUUAAGUCACUCAACCCCAAUGAAUUACUACUGCACUAA